AUGGGCAUGGGAGCAAUGGAUAAGGAGUCAUCCUUCAAGCUUCUUGAUGCUUACUUCGAUGCGGGUGGUAAUUUCAUUGAGGGAACAUCCGAGAUGUUCAUUGGAGAAUGGGCAGAAAUGCAUGGUAUCCGCGACCAGCUCUACACGGCAAACUUCAAACGUUCGGCAACUGACAUCGCUAUUGAAGCGAACUACGUUGGAAACAAUGCGAAAUCACUCAAGAUAAGCGUGGAAGCUAGCCUUAAGGAACUGCGUACCUCGUACAUUGACAUCCUUUUGCACCACCUCGUCGCUACUGGGAAGGUCCUCUACCUGGGGGUGUCAGAUAGCCCCGCGUGGGUUGUCUCAGCAGCCAAUCAGUAUGCGAAACUCCGUGGAAAAUCACCUUUCGUCAUUUACCAGGGAUCGUGGAAUGUUAUGGACCGUAGCUUCGAGCGCGAAAUUAUCCCUAUGGCACGCGCGAACGGUUUAGCACUUGCGCCAUGGAAUGUCUUAGCAGCAGGACACCUCCGUACCGAUGCAGAAGAGGAACGACGUUUGGCAUCAGGCGAGAAGGGACGUACUUUACUCCAGCUGGAUUGGAUGCAUAAUGAAAAUGAGAACUUGAAGAAAAUGAGUGCUGCACUGGAGAAAGUCGCAAAGGAAGUUGGCACAGAACAUAUCAGCACUGUUGCUAUUGUGUAUGUCAUGCAGAAAACACCAUACGUAUUUCCAAUUAUUGGUGGUUGCUUAAGUUGA